AUGGAGGGAUGCUCUUAUUACUUGGCAAUGGUACUGGUUCAGCUCAUAUAUGGUGGAUCAAACAUCCUCAUAAAAUUCUCCCUUGCAGAAGGACUCAAUCCGAUUGUCUUCGUCGUUUACCGGCAUGUUAUGGCCAUGGUUUUGGUAGGACCAUUUGCUUAUGUACUUGAAAGGAAGCAAAGGCCUGCACUUUCAUUUUCUGUAGCUGCAAAAAUUUUUGUGCUUGCAUUAUUUGGAACCACCAUCCAUCUGAAUGUGUACUAUGCUGGUUUAGCAUACACUUCUCCAACAGUUGCAUGUGCCUUGAGUAAUGUUAUUCCCAGCUUGACAUUUCUAAUGGCAGUUCUACUUGGGUUGGAGAAGUUGAAGAUUAGAACUGCUAGAGGUCAAGCUAAGGUGGCUGGCACACUUCUCUGCAUUGGUGGUUCUCUUGUUUUCACUUUCUGGAAAGGAGGAUACCUAUUUAAAGGUUUUGUAAAGAGGCCACUGAUAAAUAUAUCUGUUGGUGAGAUGAGGCAUGUUAAGGAAAACUGGAUCAAGGGGGCUCUUCUUAUUCUGAUGAGUCACAUUGCAUGGAGUGCAUGGCUAAUCCUCCAGGCUGUGGUCUCCAAAGUCUACACUGCUCGAUUAUCGCUGACCACAAUGAUAUGCUUUUUCGCGUCGUUGCAAUCUUCUUUUCUUGCCCUGUUUUUGGCAAGAAAUCCAAUUUCAUGGAGACUGGAGUGGAACCUGCAACUUUUAACCAUCGUCUACUGCGGAGUUGUAAUCUCAGCAUUAGCCUACUACCUGCAAACAUGGUGCAUCAGUUACAAGGGACCAGUUUUUGCAGCUAUGUUUAGUCCACUUCAAGUCAUUAUAGUGGCAUUGUUCUCGGCAAUUGCUUUUGCAGAGCGACUUCACUUUGGCAGCUUGAUCGGAGCGUUUCUCAUUAUCGCGGGCCUUUACUGUGUGCUGUGGGGAAAGAGGAAAGACAAUCUUGUUGCUGAACAGACAGAGAAUGGAAAAGGGGUACUUGAAGACAAUAAAGUGCUGGAGAAUGAUAUUUCAGUCAUAAAUCCAGUCACUAGAUAAAGGACAUGAUCAUAAGAGUUAAGUUUCUUUUUACACAUUAUACAGAAGAUCAAUCCCAGAUAAAAUUUCAGAGAGGUAAAUGCACACUACCUAACUACAAAUGAUUGCAAAAUUGAUAAUGGUUUGAGCCCUACAGUCCAAUCCAUAUGAACUUAUUAAUACAAAUCAA